UGGGAAACGCCGCGAUGAGGCUUUACAGUCUAAGUGUCCUUUACAAAGGCGACCCCAAAGUGCGUUUACUGAAAGCUGCCUACGAUGUGUCCACUUUCAACUUCUUCCAGAGAUCCAGCAUUCAAGAAUUCAUGACCUUCACGAGCCAGCUGAUCGUGGAGCGCUCGGAGCUGGGCAGCAGAGCCUCUGUCAAGGAGCAAGAAUACCUCUGCCACGUGUACGUCCGGAACGACGGGCUGGCCGGAGUGGUGAUUGCCGAUAACGAGUACCCGCAGCGGGUUUGCUUCACCUUGCUGGACAAGGUGCUGGAUGAGUUCUCCAGGCAGGUCAGCAAAAUAGACUGGCCUUCAGGAUCCCCGGCGACAAUUAACUACACAGCCUUGGACGGUUACCUCAGUAAAUACCAGAACCCCCGCGAGGCAGACCCGAUGACCAGGGUGCAGGCGGAACUGGACGAGACCAAAAUCAUCCUGCACAACACCAUGGAGUCACUGUUGGAGCGAGGGGAGAAGCUGGAUGACUUGGUAUCCAAAUCGGAAGUGCUCGGGGCACAGUCGAAAGCCUUCUACAAAACUGCCCGAAAGCAGAACUCAUGCUGUAAAAUCAUGUGACCCGGACGCCUGGGUCUCUUGCUCCGGACCAUCAGGCCUUCGCUCCCGUUCAGAUCUCGACUACACCCAGGACAGAAAGCAAGAAACCAAGGAGGGGUUCCCAGGCCUGGGCGGCGCUGCGGAGGCCGGCGCCAGGGCUAGGACUGGGCUUCCUCAGCCCCGCGGGCUUCGAUGAUUCUUCGUCUCGAGAGGACGGUGAGGGCCGGACCCACCGUGGGCUCCGGAGAG